AUGUUCCACAAUCCGCAACACGGUCAACCGCAGUUGGCCGCCACGACUUAUUCCCAGCCUUCCCCGAGCGCUCCAGCGCCGUUCCCGGCCGAACCCCAUCGGCCCAGACAGCCUUCGGACGCCAUGAAUAUUUAUUCCCCUACAGAUCGAGAAGGAGCUCAGCAGGGGCAUCCAGGGCACAAUUGGGGCAACAGUGCCUCUCAGACAAAGGGGACUUAUGGCAGCAACCAGCUUCCAGAGAAGCCAGAGUACCAGGACUAUGAGGAGAAUGGACGGAUAUACCAUGGCUUCAAGAAAGGAGUGUAUCCGUUCCCGUGCGACGAACAGGAGCAGGACCGUCUCGACAUAUUCCACAAAGUCAUCACGGAAGCUCGAAUCGGCGACAGACUCAUCUACGCUCCCCACUCGGACGAUUGCCGAGUUCUCGACUUGGGCUGCGGCACUGGAAUCUGGGCCAUCGAUGUGGCCAAUAAAUACCCCAAGUCCUUUGUCGUCGGAGUCGAUCUUUCUCCCAUCCAGCCCAAGAACAUCCCCAAGAAUUGCGACUUCUAUGCCCCAUGGGAUUUUGAGAGCCCCUGGAAUUUAGGCGAGAAUUACUGGGACCUGAUCCAUAUGCAGAUGGGUGCGGGUAGUGUGACCAGCUGGCCCAGCCUCUACCGGAGGAUCUUUGCCCAUCUCCGUCCCGGAGCAUGGUUCGAGCAAGUCGAGAUUGACUUUGAACCCCGGUGCGAAGGACGCUCUCUGGAGAACACUGCCCUGUCGAGGUGGUAUCAGUAUCUCAGGCAGGCCACGGAGCAGACGAUGAGGCCCAUUGCGCAUAAGUCUUUUGAGACGAAGCAGCAGCUGAAAGAGGCGGGAUUUGUUCAGAUCGAUCACCAGAUAGUUGGUCUGCCCCUUAACCCGUGGCUCCAGGAUGAGCAUGAAAAGACGGUUGGCCGGUGGUAUAACCUGGCCAUUUCGGAGAGUAUCGAGACCCUCAGUCUGGCUCCUUUUAGCCGUGUCUUUCACUGGCCUGUGGAGCAGAUCCGGAGAUUGGCGGACGAGGUCAAGUUGGAAGCGUUCAACAAAGAAAUCCAUGCAUACAAUCUUCUGCACAUCUACCAAGCCCGAAAGCCGUUGUCGGCGGAGAACUGA